AUGACCCAAACCCACACGCACUACGAAAUUCUCAACCUCGCCUUCCCUACCUCCUCCUCGCCCAGCUCUACAACAUUGACAAAACAACAACUCAAAACGGCCUACCACAAAGCUCUUCUCCAACACCAUCCUGACAAAACCUCCUCCACCUCCUCUCCCUCAACACCAACCUCAAUACCACCAUCAUCCACAACCACAAACCCCGAUAGGAAACACACAAUAGACGCCAUAACAACAGCCUACAAAACCCUCUCCGACCCGCGCCAACGCGCAGAGUACGACACCCGGCUCCGCCUCGAGCGCAACAACGCCCAAACCAGCGGGCCUGGUGGUGGCGACGCGCACUUCCACACAGGCCUAGAAGUGGUCGACUUGGAAGAUCUCCGCUACGAAGAAACAGACACAGAAACAGUAUGGUAUCGCGGCUGUCGGUGUGGAGAUGAGAGGGGGUUUCUGGUUACAGAGGAGGAUCUGGAGAGGGAGGUGGAGGGCGGGGAGGUUGUUGUUGGGUGUCGGGGGUGUAGUCUUUAUCUGAGGGUUUUGUUUGCUGUUGGGGAGUGA